AUGUUGCUACUUAGUUACGGUGCAGUUUUUGUUAAAGGCCCACUAACGCCUGAUUUGUUGCUCCUGCUGAAGAACGGCGUGGAUCCGUUCAAUGCGUCAACUCUCUCGCCAAUCGUUGCGGGUUGCCGAACUCCCGAGCGGGAGUUGUUCUGCAUUUGUCCGUCGUUUCCGGUACCAUACACCACCGUAUCCGCUUUAUUCGGUCGACGCGGAACAUCACGAUCCACAACAAUGAGUGACACUAAGGAUCCCAUGACGACAACGGAACCGUCACAGAGCGGCACCCUCGGUGGUCUACAGAUCGCGCUCAUUGUAAUUGGAGUUAUCCUGCUUAUUGUGCUGAUUGCUGUUGGGAUUUUCUUCGUGACACGAGCGAUCCGUGAUCGUCGACGAAAUCACGGCGAGUAUCGUCCACAAUUCGAAGAACUUCAUCAUGCCAAGGAUUUGCCUUAUCUUCAACCGCCGGCUGUCGAAGGACUCAUCUAA